CUCUGAUAAACACAGCCCGCGCUGCUCCGUGCACUGACAGUCUGGAGUGCUGAGCGCCGAGCAGGACAAAGAGACUGCAGAGCAGGAGAUCCCGGAGCAGAGGAGGAAGGACAACUAAAAAGAGAGCUUGGACGGCAUGCAAAGUUGUGACAUAUCUUCAGACAGCACUGAUGAUCCUCUUAGUAGUGGCCCACGGAGAAACCGACAGCCGCGAAUAGUGAUUAUUGGAGCGGGUCUUGCAGGCCUCUCUGCUGCAAAAUAUCUCCUCGAGAAAGGAUUCUCGGAUGUUACGAUCCUCGAGGCAUCUGAUCAAAUUGGAGGCCGAGUUCAAAGUGUAAAACUUGAACACGCUACUUUUGAACUGGGAGCUACCUGGAUCCAUGGAUCAAUUGGCAAUCCUAUAUAUCAUCUAGCAGAAGACAAUGGCCUACUGGAAGAAACCACAGAUGGAGAGAGAAGUGUUGGUCGCAUCAGUCUUUACUCCAAGAACGGAGUUGCCCACUACCUCACCAGCAGCGGACAGAGGAUCCCAAAAGAUGUGGUUGAAGAAUUCAGUGAUGUUUACAACGAGGUCUAUAACCUGACACAGGAGUUCUUUCAGAAUGGAAAACCAGUUAAUGCUGAAAGUCAAAACAGCGUUGGAGUCUUUACUCGAGAUGUGGUACGGAAACGCGUCAAAGAUGAUCCUGACGAUUCGGAGACCACGAAGAAGCUGAAACUGGCUAUGAUACAGCAAUACUUAAAGGUGGAAAGUUGCGAGAGUAGUUCACACAGUAUGGAUGAAGUUUCUCUUAGCGAGUUUGGGGAAUGGACCGAAAUACCUGGCGCCCAUCACGUAAUUCCUUGCGGCUUCAUUAAGAUCGUAGAGCUGCUGUCCGCCUCCAUCCCACAGUCCAUCAUUCAACUGUGCAAGCCAGUCAAGUGCAUCCACUGGAACAGGUCCAUCCAUAAGCAGAUCGAAGGAAUGGCUGACCACAACAAUGACCAGAUGGAAGACAAAGGUUAUCCUGUGUUUGUAGAGUGCGAAGAUUACGAGUUCAUCCCUGCGGAUCAUGUGAUUGUGACAGUUUCCUUGGGCGUCCUUAAGAAACAUCAUGAGACUAUGUUUCAUCCUCUUCUUCCCGAAGACAAAGUUCUAGCUAUUGAAAAACUAGGGAUCAGCACCACUGACAAGAUCUUCUUGGAAUUUGAAGAACCUUUCUGGACUCCUGAAUGCAACAGCAUCCAGUUUGUGUGGGAAGAUGAUGCUGAAUGUGGAAGUUUAACCUAUCCCGAGGAGAUGUGGUACAAGAAGAUCUGCAGCUUUGAUGUGCUCUAUCCUUCAGAGAGGUACGGUUAUGUACUGAGUGGGUGGAUCUGUGGCGAGGAGGCCUUGAUCAUGGAAAAAUACGAUGACGAGACGGUCGCCGAAACCUGCACAGAGCUGCUGCGUAAAUUUACAGGGAAUCCGAACAUUCCAAAACCCCGGCGUAUCCUGAGGUCCUCCUGGGGCAGUAACUCUUAUGUCCUCGGAUCUUAUUCCUAUACUCAAGUUGGCUCCAGUGGAGUAGAUGUUGAGACUCUCAUGAAACCACUGCCUUAUACCGAGAGCUUAAAAACUUUGCCCAUGCAGGUGAUGUUCUCCGGUGAGGCCACCCACAGAAAGUAUUAUUCCACAACCCAUGGUGCUUUGCUGUCCGGCCAGAGGGAAGCGAUCCACCUAGCCGAUAUGUACCAAGACUUCUUACAAUGCAACAACUGAGAGUCUCCACCCCGUAAUCGUGGACUCUCAGCCAGUGACUACCAGUGUGUGUCCAUCUUUUUUUAACAUUGAAAAUAUAAACAUUUUUAUCCUUUUUAAGAAAAUUCGAAAUAUUUAAAUGAAAAACAAAAAAAGUCUGUAGCAAAAUCAUGUACUGUAUGGGUAACUGGGAAGAGCGCAUUUUAUUUUUAUUUUUUGUGAUUUGAAUCUUGCACACCUGGUGCCUUUUUUGGAUUUCUUUUUCUGUAUUGUAAGUGCCUUCUAUUAAUAAAUUCUAGAAAAAUCAAUAAAAGAACAUCAGGGUGGAAGGUUCUUCUGCCUUUUUAAAAAAAAUGCGUGUGUUUUUUUUAUU